CGGAAUUAUGAGCAGAGCUGACCCAGCCUACAUCACCCUGUCUUGAAUCUGUUUCUGUUUCACACCGAGAGAAAUUGAAGCGACCAUGGAGGUUGGAAUCCGCAUCCUCUUGGCUUUCCUCGUCCCUCAGGUUGCCUAUGUGGGUGGCCAAGAGGAUGGAGGCCAUGGGGGCUGUGUACCUGGCUUCCAGGUCAAACACUACCAGGUGGUGUAUAAUGGACCUUUCCAGAAAGGCCAGGUGCUUAUACAAGUCGAGUUUGAUGACUGUGUGGGCAACGAGGACGUGAAGUUUGAGGUGUCGGACCCCAGCUUCCACGUGGACGGAAACCUGAAUCUGGUUCCUUGGCGAGAUGUCCCAUACAGCAGUCCAGUCCUGUUCAUCCACGGGCUCAGUGCACAUGCAGACGACAUGGCACAGGUGGAAAUAACUGGACUACCGGUUCAGUCGCCGAACACUCUCAGGGAGAUCCUGAGUCUUGGCCAGCCACUGCCAUACCGAUCUAAAAGGUCCCUGCUGGUCCCUCCUAUGAUUGUAACUGAGAACCAGAGAGCUCCCUUCCCCAGGAUCAUUGGCAGGUCUCAUGUGAUUUCAACAGAGAAGUCAGGGAACCAUAUCUUCCGACUGACAGGCCCCGGUGCCGACCAGGAUCCCAAAGGCCUCUUCACCAUUGACAUAGACACAGGAGACGUGUCAGUCAGCCGCUCACUGGACCGGGAGGCCAUUGACUCCUACCAGCUGGAAGUUUCAACCACAGACUUGGCUGGAAACCUUGUUGAGGGACCAGCCAUGCUAGUGAUCACUGUCAUCGACCAAAAUGACAACCGGCCCAUCUUCAGAGAGACGCGUUACACAGGAGAGGUGCUCGAGGGAUCCCCUACAGGAACCACGGUGAUGACGAUGAUGGCGUUCGACGCAGACGACCCUGCCACAGAUAAUGCCGCGCUGCGCUACAACAUUGUCAGGCAGUCGCCAGACAAUCCUUCCUCGAACAUGUUCUACAUCGACGCAGAAAGAGGUGACAUUGUCACCGCCAUCUCACCUGUGCUACUUGACAGAGAGACACUGCCAACCACAACAUAUGAGCUAGAGAUUGUGGCCAAGGACAUGUCAGGAAGUGAGGUCGGCCUAACAGGAACAGCCACGGCUACCAUUACCAUCACAGACAAGAACGACCAUGCCCCUGAGUUCACACAUCCACUGUUUGAGGCGUAUGUGAAUGAGGGCUCAACGGGUGUGGUGGUCAACCUGACAGUAGACGACAGAGACGACCCAGCCACGGGAGCAGGGAGAGCUACCUACUCAAUAAUAAACGGAGAUCCCACACAAAGCUUUGAGAUCCAAACCAACCCAGAUAAUAAUGAGGGAAUGCUCUCUGUUGUCAAGCCUCUGGACUACGAGGCCACAGCGUUCCACACACUACUCAUCAAGGUAGAGAACGAGGAUCCUCUGAUUUCUGAUGUUGGCUACGGCCCCAGCUCCACGGCCACUGUUCAUGUCACGGUCCUGGACAUCAACGAGGGCCCUGUCUUCUUCCCUGACCCCCUGACGGUCAACAGGAUGGAAAACAUACCUGUUGGCAGCUUCGUGGCCUCACUCAAUGCUACCGAUCCAGAUAUUCUGCAGACACAGAGCGUCAGGUAUGCUGUUCUGCGAGACCCAGCAGGCUGGCUGAGUGUGAACCCAGUCAGAGGAACUGUCAACACCUCGGCCUCGCUGGACCGUGAGUCUCCAUAUGUCCACGACAACAAAUACACAGCUGUCUUCAUCGCCACAGAUAACGGCAGCCCCCCAGCCACAGGCACCGGGACGUUGGUCAUUCACCUGGAGGACUACAAUGACAAUGCCCCCUAUGUAGUUCCAUCGGUUGCACGGGUGUGUGAAGACGCCCAUGAUAUGAACGUGGCCAUAGUUGGGGGGCGGGACAAGGACCUCACACCCAACGCUGCACCAUUUAAGAUAGAAUUGGGCAAACAGCCCGGCCUUGAUAAAACAUGGAAAGUUACCAGGGUCAACUCCACACACUCCCAAAUCAUGCUUUUGCACAGUCUGAAGAAAGCCAACUACCAGCUCCCGCUGCUCAUCACUGAUUCAGGGGUGCCCCCUUUGUCCAACAGCACAGAGGUCAAGGUUCAGGUGUGCGUUUGUAAGAAGAACAAGAUGCACUGCAGCUCUUCGCACUCCCACCGCGCCAGCCUUCUCGUGCUGCUCGCAACACUCCUGCUCGCCCUACUCUGCCUGUAGAUUCUGCUGAAACCUCCCGUAGCCCUUUUUGCAACACUGAAAAGCAACGACUUAUCUCCCUCACGCAACCCAGGCUUAGGAGAGAAGAAGAAGAUGAUGAUGAUGAAGCAAGAAGGAGUCUUCUCACCGCACCAAAUCAAACAAGAGAUUACACACAAUCCCCACCGGCACAACUGCUGUACAACACCCCUCAGCGCUUUUUUAAAAGUUUCUCACUUAUGUCUCCUGUCACUCGUCUCCUUCUCUUCACCUUUACUUGUGUUAUUGCAUCUGUCCUUCCCCACGCCUGUCUUCUCCCAUCUUAUCUCUGUCUUCUCCUGCGUUUCUUUUCCUCUAUCUCCCCCCUGCACCUCCUCCACCAUCGAUUAUUCCAUUUCUUUUUCACAGCUUUUAUUGUAUUCCAUUUUGGCACCGCACCAUUACACUGGCAGACAAACACUGGAUGUUAGCAGCAUUCGUGGCAACAUGCCACAUGCGUAGGAGAUACUUGAAGCAACAUGUACAUUGAUAUUGUAACAAAACAAAAGCUAUAAAUCAGUUACCUAUUGGCCCUCACCUUAAUCGCCUGGUCUUUCCCCUCCGUUCAUUUGGAACCUCACACUUCCUCCACAGCUUUCUUUCCUUUCUCCUUCCCUCUUUUCCCUCUCAGCUACCUCUGUUUUCUUUUUCCCUCUUCCCCAUCCUUCCUUCCUUCACCCUCCCCCAUGCAUAGAUAUCAUCUGAUCUAUCUGCCUCUCCCUCCCUGUCCCCUUCCAUCUCAUCGACCUCUUCCUGUCUCUUGUUGGGCCAGGGAACACUGCGAGGCUGAGCUGCCGUCCCGGGCGUGGAAGAGCAUUGACUUUUUGAUGUGUUCCUUUCUGUUCUCGUCACAGACUGUGUUUGAUCUCAUUUCCCUCUUUAAGUGGAGAGAACAAAGCCUGUUUCUUUGUCUGCAAUGGUUGUAGUCUUUUAGGACAAGGUGGUAGCCAGAAGCCUUCAAAGUAAGAAGCUCUCUGGAGUCCUUUCUUCGAUUUACUUCUGUUUUCAUUGCAUUAGUUGUCAUGGAGUGGAAAGCAGUAUAUCUUUAUAGUAACGGUGUAAACCUUUAAAAAAAAAGUACUAUUAUAUAAAUAUUUUAUUUUUUACCAUUGUAUAAAUAUACAGUAUUGAUUAACUUAUGUACUUUGAUUGCAAGUUCCUUGGUCACCCACACAGUGAGUAAAUAAAAAGAGGAAAUCUUUUUUCUGUGAAUUUUAGGAACUAUUUCUAAUGGUAUUGAUGUGUUGACUAUUUUAUUGUAACAUCUUUUUUUUUUUUUUUGGUUUGGUUUUUUAUGAUUGUUUUAAAAAUCUGUGAUUAAUUGCAGAAUCAGGAGUCUUGCUUUGAUGACUGCCAUGUGUUUAGGUUGGAUUUCGUCUCCGGUCGGUUCUGUCCUCUCCUGUUCUCUCUCCAUCUGUAAUUACAAGUCACAAGAAGAUGUGUAAGAAGAAAACAAAGGCUGUGGUUUUGGUGGCUAGUUUAGCUUUUUUCUCUUGCGCUCAUCAGAAGAACGUAGCGUGUGUGGAUUUGUGUGGA